AAACAGACUCCCCCAGCUUUCUCUUCCCUCAACUAUUUAUUUUCUCUCUCUAUAGCUUCUCUUUUCUCUCUCUCCCUCUCUCUACUUUGUGUGAAAGACCCAACUCUCUCUCUCUUGUUUGGUUUUGCUCUUCUUGGCUUCUCUGUUGUUGCUGCAUCUCUUUCUGGUCUUUAAUGUCUCCAAUUCUGUGAAAAUAUUGAUCUUCUUUAGUGAGGCUCUCUCUCUCUCUCUCUCUCUCCUCCAUUGUGUGAAAGACCAACUAUCUUUCUGGUUUCCUCUUCUUGGUUUCUCUGUUGUUGCCGCAUCACUUUCUGGUCAUUAAUGUCUCCAAUUCUGUGAAAAUAUUGAUCACUCUCUCUCACUAACUGGUUUUCGAUACCCACUUUGCGUCUCUCUCUCUCUCUCUCUCUAUAAUUUGGAUCUUUCUUUCUCUGUAUAUAUAUAUAACUUUUUUUUUUUUGGUUCUUUCUUUCCCUAUCUGACCCUAACUGCUUCCAAUGGAAGCAGCGGCAAGUGAGGAUUGCUGUGUGAAAGUUGCAGUUCAUAUCAGACCACUUAUCGGCGAUGAGCGGCUUCUGGGUUGUAAAGAUUGUAUCACCGUGGUCCCUGGGAAGCCUCAGGUGCAACUUGGCACACAUUCAUUUACUUUUGAUCAUGUUUAUGGAAGCACUGGCUCUGCCUCCUCUGCCAUGUUUGAAGAGUGUGUUGCUCCCCUUGUUGAUGGUUUGUUCCAAGGAUAUAAUGCCACCGUUCUCGCUUAUGGUCAGACGGGCUCGGGCAAAACAUAUACCAUGGGUACUGGCUUUAAAGAUGGUUGCCAAACUGGAUUAGUUCCCCAAGUUAUGGAUGCUUUGUUCAGCCAGAUUGACUCUUUGAAGCAUCAAACUGAUUUCCAAUUACAUGUUUCGUUCAUUGAGAUACUUAAAGAAGAAGUACGAGACUUGCUGGAUCCCGAUUCUGUGAACAAAUCAGACACAGCAAAUGGGCAUGCAGGGAAAGUAGCUGUCCCAGGGAAACCCCCCAUACAAAUCCGUGAGACAUCAAAUGGUGUUAUUACACUUGCAGGGUCUACUGAACGUAGCGUCAAAACACUUAGAGAAAUGGCUGAUUGCCUGGAGCAAGGAUCAUUAAGCAGGGCAACAGGGAGUACAAAUAUGAACAACCAGUCAAGUCGUUCACAUGCCAUUUUCACCAUCACAAUGGAGCAAAUGCAUAAGCUUAAUCCAGCUAGUCCUGGUGAUGGCGGUCUUAAUGACUAUAUGAGUGAAGAAUAUCUCUGUGCCAAGUUGCAUUUGGUGGAUCUUGCUGGAUCAGAGCGAGCCAAAAGAACAGGCUCUGAUGGUCUGCGUUUUAAGGAAGGAGUUCACAUAAAUAAGGGCCUUCUUGCACUUGGUAAUGUUAUCAGCGCACUUGGUGACGAGAAAAAGCGGAAAGAAGGUGUCCAUGUUCCAUAUCGGGACAGUAAACUUACUCGGCUUUUGCAGGACUCGCUUGGUGGUAACAGCAGAACCUUUAUGAUAGCCUGCAUCAGUCCUGCCGAUAUAAAUGCUGAGGAAACUCUUAAUACUCUGAAGUAUGCAAAUCGCGCUCGCAAUAUCCAGAAUAAGCCUGUUGUUAACAGAGAUCCAAUAUCUAAUGAGAUGUUGAAGAUGCGCCAACAACUAGACUAUUUACAGGCUGAACUUUGUGCCCGUGGGGGUGGAGCUUCCUCUGGUGAAGUACAGGUUCUUAAGAAUAGGAUUGCUUGUCUUGAAGCUGCUAAUGAGGAUCUAUGUCGGGAGCUUCAUGAAUACCGCAGCAAAUGCCCUGCCAUGGAGCGACGUGAAACCGAUGCUGAAGUUGGUCACAGCUAUUCUGUGAAAAGUGAAGGGCUUAAAAGGGGCUUGCAAAGCAUGGAUUCUUCUGAUUACCAAAUGAGUGAAAAUGGUGAUUCUGGGGACAUUGACGAAGAAACAGAGAAAGAGUGGGAGCAUACCCUUCUUCAAGAUUCUAUGGACAAAGAAUUAACCGAGUUAAAUAGACGCUUAGAGCAGAAGGAGUCAGAAAUGAAAAUUUUUGGAGGCUCAGACACCAUGGCUCUGAAGCAACACUUUGGGAAGAAGAUUGUGGAACUUGAGGACGAGAAGAGAACUGUGCAGCACGAGAGGGAUCGUUUGUUGGCUGAAGUUGAAAACCUUGCUGCUACUUCUGAUGGGCAAACACAAAAAAUGCAAGAUAUGCAUGCCCAGAAAUUAAAGGCCUUGGAGGCACAGAUACAAGACCUUAAGAAGAAACAAGAGAAUCAGGUUCAGCUUUUAAAGCAAAAACACAAGAGUGAUGAAGCAGCUAGACGCUUACAAGAUGAAAUACAAUUCAUCAAGUCACAAAAGGUUCAAUUGCAACAAAAAAUAAAACAAGAGGCUGAACAAUUUCGGCAAUGGAAGGCAUCUCGAGAGAAGGAAUUGUUGCAGUUACGAAAGGAGGGGAGAAGGAAUGAGUAUGAAAGGCAUAAACUGCAAGCUUUGAAUCAGCGCCAGAAGAUGGUUCUUCAGCGAAAGACAGAAGAAGCUGCAAUGGCAACCAAAAGGCUAAAAGAGUUGCUAGAGGCGCGCAAGUCUUCAGCUCGUGACAAUUCAGUGGUUAGCAAUGGAAAUGGAACAAAUGGGCAGAGCAAUGACAAAUCCUUACAACGUUGGCUUGAUCACGAGCUAGAAGUUAUGGUGAAUGUUCAUGAAGUUCGUCACGAGUAUGAGAAGCAAAGUCAAGUAAGGGCUGCACUGGCUGAAGAGUUAGCUGUUUUAAGACAAGUUGAUGAAUUUGCUUCGAAGGGACACACCCCUCCAAGAGGAAAAAAUGGUUUUUCCAGGGCAUCUUCCAUGUCACCAAAUGCAAGAAUGGCACGGAUAGCUUCUCUUGAGAGCAUGUUAAGCAUUUCAUCCAAUUCACUUGUAGCAAUGGCUUCACAGCUCUCAGAGGCAGAAGAACGGGAGCGUGCCUUCACUAGCCGUGGACGUUGGAACCAGCUACGUUCAAUGGGAGAUGCAAAGAACUUGCUUCAAUAUAUGUUCAAUUCUCUUGCAGAUGCAAGAUGCCAAUCGUGGGAAAAGGAAAUUGAAAUCAAGGAAAUGGAAGAGCAACUGAAGGAACUUGUGAGUCUACUACGACAGAGUGAAGCAAGAAGAAAAGAAGUUGAGAAGGAGCUAAAACUGAGAGAGCAAGCAGCUGCAAGUGCAUUGGCUACAUCAGCUUCGGCCGACAGUGAACAGGAGAACUCUCACAACUCAUUGAAACAUUUAGCUGAUGACCUGAGCAGUCCCUUGUCUCCAAUCUCUGUGCCAGCACAGAAACAGCUCAAGUAUACAGCGGGCAUUGCUAAUGGUUCAGUCAGGGAGUCGGCAGCUUUUAUAGAUCAGACACGAAAGAUGGUACCGAUGGGCCAGUUGUCAAUGAAGAAAUUAGCAAUUGUAGGGCAAGGUGGGAAGCUGUGGCGGUGGAAGAGGAGUCAUCAUCAGUGGCUACUACAGUUUAAAUGGAAGUGGCAAAAACCUUGGAGACUUUCAGAAUUGAUUAGGCAUAGUGAUGAAACAAUCAUGAGGUCAAAGUCUCGUCCCCCAGCUCUGCCAAAUGUUGUAUAUAAUAGACAUUAGCUUAUAAGUCGCUGUUGUAUAUUCAUUUUUUGGCUCUCAUUCAGCCCCAGCGCAUGGCACAGGGAAGAGAACAGAAAUAAGUGCAGAGUGCAGUAUAAGUGGCAGUUGGGGAUCUCUGCUUAUAGCUAUGUUGGAUGAAGACAUGAAGUAGAUUUGGGAAAAAGUAGUUUUGCAAUCUCUUUGAAUUCUGUAGCUAUGGUUACUAAUCGGAGCAUCUUGUAAAGCUUUGUUGAUGCUACGGUGGGUCACCUAAGUAAACAAAAGAACGCAGUUGGAUGAUUCCGUGGUGAAGUUUUUGAUGCCGUGGUGAUGGUAAUUUUUCCGCCUCAGCAGCCGUGGUAAUACUUUUUUGUCAAUAGCAAUUUCUUCUUCAGAACAAAAUGCUCCAUCAAGCCACCAUAUCGUGUAGAAUGGUUUGUUCGAAUUGUUUUCAUAUUUCUUGUGUAUUUUAGCUAAUUUUUCCUAGUGUUUAGGGGGUGGGUGGGUGUGUGUGUGUGUGUGUAACCACAAUGUUGAUUUGGUUGAAAACAAUUAAACUCUGCAUAUCAUAU